GAUACUGCCCUCUGUAGUGGACGGCGCGAAUUACACUUCUCUACAGAAACUGGGUGCAAAAUACACACCGUUUUUCGGAUUGAAAAUAAAUAACUUCUUUCAGUAAAAUCAUGCAAGUUUGCAAAUCGUACUUUCCCAAGGAGAUGCUUUACAAUAACAAAGACGUUGCUAACACCUCUUAAAUUAACACUGGCAGAGGAAUCAUCUGGCCCCUGCAAAAUGCUUGGACUCCAAGAAACAAGGUCUACCGGAAGUCCUAAAACAUACAGCUGUGUGGCCUGCUCAGCUACUUUUCAUAGUUUGUCAUCACUCCUGGUGCACCAAGCGUCUCACGCAAGUGAAAUGUCUAAUCAGCAAGAAUCAGCACUACCUACUUGUGUCAGCUGUGGUAGCUUAUUUGCAAGCAAAGAUCUCCUUGAAAAACACCACUGCGUAAUGUUGCCAAUGCCAGCAUCUCCAGCCCGCACCUACACAUGUGACUGUGGCGAGGAGUUUAGUGCUUUUACAGAUCUUGAGGAGCACAAAAAACAACAUGUGUCCGAAACCGAGGUCAAAACAGAUUUGGAGAGCGUUCCGGUUGUUCCACAUAGCAAAACAGACUCCAGCCGUCCUGUCUCCGACCAAGUUUUUCACAGUGUUUUACCGUCCAAUUCCACUGAAAAACCCCUUGUGCAAAGUCCACCACCUAGUUCAGACACUGAUAUCAAAGAGAAUGAAUCCACUGCAGACAACAUCUCGCAGCCAACUGAAUCCCAGCCUGUGACCGAAGAGCAAGAGCAGUUACCUGAGAACGACAGUGAUGGUUUAAAAUCCUCAGACGUGAUAAACCAUUCUGUGCAUGAGAAUGAGAAACCACAGGAAUCUAGUGAAGAUUCAGCUGCGAUUAAUAAGAAUUCAAUCAUGAAGAUGCUAGCAUCUGCCUACAUGAGUCAUAGACAACCCGUCCAAAUGAAACAGAGGAACUUGCCCCCGAGAAAAGCUUCACCGAGAGCACCAAUACAACCUGCAAUCACCAUGACCAUAUCAAAGCCCAAGCCACCGGAAAAUCAAACAAAGAUAAAAAAAGACAUUGUGGUCGGUGUGAAAACUGGAAAGAUGUUGCCUAAGAAGGGCAAGAUUAUAUCCGUGACGCAAACUCUCUGUCCCGUGGUGGUUCUCGAGACUCGUCAGAAACUUUUUGGCCGGGACAACGUGGAAGGCAGACAUCAGUGCAGACUCUGCCGUAGGGUUUUCCAGGACGUAGACGCCUUGAUAAUGCAUCAUGCCCUGCAUAAAAAAGAAAGAGUCAAAUUUUGUCUUUGUUGUCAACAGUUUGUGAUAACUGUCAUCUCCGUCCCAGAAAGCCAUGUCUGCUCUGAUGGAUUUUCUAGAAACCAUCAACCUUUGAUGGGAAAAAUGUCUCUGAAACCAGUCAGCCCUACAGCUCAGCAGACAGAAAAAAUCUUCUACUGUUCUUUAUGCAAGCGUGGCUACAUGCGGAUGCGCAGCCUCAAAAAGCACAACUGCCCGUGUAAAGCUUCUCUGAAAUCCUCGGCCACUGUAGGCACCUGCGGUAAUGUCAAACCCCAAAACUUAGAGGACUGUAAUAGACCUGUCCCAAACUCAAAAACAAAUCAAAUGUCAACACAGCACAUAAAUAUUGGCGUUGGCACAGAGCCGAUAAAGAUGGAGGAACAUAACACAGAACUUCCUAUUGGCAAGAAAGAUCAGAUUGGGUUGAAGAUGCAGCCGAAGGAUCAGUUAAAUCCUCCAAAAACCCUAGAGUCCAUCUUCACCCGUGUUACCAACACUAAACCACCCGAACCAACUAAAAACACUGCCAACGUGGUUGAAAUAAAGCAAGAGGAACGAGACAAAUUGGUUGAAAAGCAGUGGACCAUGCCUUUGGAUGAUGCUGAAAUUGAUGUACUAAUAGACGUGGAACAAAAAGACUCGGAUGAGGAUGAUUUGACAGACUUUGCUGAAGACGACUUUGAUGAAGGUGAAGAUGUCGUCAUUGUUGAGCCUUGUGAAGACAAGGAAGUGAAGUCACCAAUGCCUAGUAAUGGCUUUCAGGUGCAUGUAACUAGCAAAGGCUUAAAACGGUUUGUUUGCAACGGCUGCCAGAGAAGCUAUUCCCGCCUGUUUACUCUAAAGGAGCACUUGAAGAUUUGCGGGGCACGAAAGUUAAAGCCGCAAAAUGUUACAUCUAAUAUGGAAGGGCCGAUUAAAAAGUUUCCAUGUCCUCAGUGUGGCAAGUACUUUAGCCGCAAAGACAAUAUGAAUAUGCAUCAAAAGAAGUGUCAUCCAACAAACACUAAUUCAGUAGUAAGUAACAGACCCGUGGAGUCCAAAACACCUGCAGCUCAGGAAAACCUAUUCGUCCUUUCACCAUCUACAGAAAACCAAGCAGUCCGACAAGAAAACGCUCAGAAUACUAGCAGGAACACAAACUGGGGGAUUAUGUCACUACCAUCCGUUCUUCCAAGAAGAGUGACGUGCGAAUGCGGAGCCUCGUUCACUUGUCCUCGACUUCUCUUCGAGCAUCUGCAGCAGCAUGCGCAGGAGUCCUACAUUUGCCCACACUGUGGGGAGAACUUGCAGUCGUGGAUGGAUUUUGAGGCACAUCAGCAAUUGCACAACCAACCUCAGAGCUCUGCAAGCGAGAAAAGAGCUUCCCAGCAACAACCUCAUUUAUUUUCCCAAGGAGUACCGUCGCAUGCUUCGACUCGGCCGCAACAGUCUCCCGCGCAGCCAUCUGCACUCUUGGCAUCUCAGCAUUUGAACAACAGGCCGUUUCCUGAGACACUGACUUGCCAUAAAUGCAAGAAGAAUUUCAGUCUCCGCAGUUCCUUGUUAAGACACAUACGGUUGCGUUGUACUGGCGACGCCACAGGUCAGAAGAAACACACCUGCUCUCGUUGUGGUACAACAUUCCAAAACCCAUUGACGCUUAAAGUUCACAUUCAAAGCAAUACCUGCAAACCUGCAUUUAAACCGAUUCGGUGCCCGGUGUGUGUACGCUGGUUCAGUUGUCUAGAUGGGCUCAAGAGGCACCUGGUCUCACACAGUAGGCAAUCCGUCUUGACGUGUCAGAUCUGUGACCAGACCUGUCCAACCCCUCAGGCCCUCGAGGAGCAUAAAAGAAAUGUUCAUCGAGUCAACAGGCCAGUGGAAGAUGCACAAAAACAAUUGAACCAAGCAGGUGCACAAACCAGUUCAUCUAAUCCUUUUCAGUGUCACAUUUGCCUUCGCAAUUAUCCAAAGCUUCAAUCCCUGAAGGAUCACUUAAGGAAAGUUCAUCGGCCUAAACCGCCGAAACCAACUAAUGUGCGUACCAUAGAACCGGUCCGUUCCGGACCAUUUCAGUGUCAAAUAUGUGAGCGUUCCUAUCCUAACAUAAAAUCAUUGAAGAACCACAGAAGAAGAGUGCAUCAUAUUGUGGGUGGUGUGUUUCUGCCGUCAAAAGGAACUGAGCAAAACAUCACUCCCAAUCAUUUCCAGUGUCACAUUUGCCCACACAGCUUUUCAGAUGAACAGUCCCUUCGAAACCACAGGAGGAGGGUCCAUCAUAUUGUGGAAGGUCAUGAGCUGUCGAGCGGAAUCACUCAACUCAAUCUAUACAAGUGUCAGAUUUGCCAGCGUAGCUAUCCUGAUGUAGUGUCCCUUAAAAAUCAUAGGAGGAGGGUUCAUCGCAUAUUAGGGCCAGUGCCUGAAACAACACCACCACCUCCUCCUCCUCUACUUCCACCACUACCACUACCACCACCAAUAAAUAAUGACACAGAAGAUCCUCCAGAGGAGAAACCGAUACCUUUCUUGUGAACGGUGUUCAUGCAUUCAUAAAAGUUGGAUUUUGCUGCUUGCCUUUGUUGCUGUAUAUGCAAUCAAAAUGUUGAAAAAGAAGUCAUAAGGCAGCACCUGUUGAGUACGUUAUACAUUUUUUAAAGAGUAGGAAAAAAUCAUUUCGAAUAGUUAGUUUCAUAUCUGAUUAGCAGUGUAACAGUUUUUGUCGUUAAUAUCAUAUUGUUUAGCUUCCUCUGUAUUUCAUUGAUGUUGCCUUAAUUUAAUUCAUCUAUUGAAUACAGAUUUUUUUCUUGAUCAAUACAAACAGGAAGAUGGCGAAUGCACUGUAUAAAUGUAAAAUAGAACAGUUGAUGGCUGUUUUUAAGGUAGCCAAUGUGUAUUGUUAGUGUACUGUAAAUACAUUUUGAUGUAAACAUGUCCUACGUUGCAUCAAUAAACACAAUAGUGACAACUUU